AUGGCGUACACGCGUCCCGAGGUCGUGGAGGAGGAGGAAGCUUCCACGAUAGAGCUACUGGGCGACUCGGUCAUCCCGGUAGUUAAUAAACUGCAGGACAUAUUUUCGCAGCUUGGAUCCUCCAGCGCGAUCGACUUACCGCAAGUAGCCGUUGUGGGGAGUCAGAGCAGCGGGAAAUCCAGCGUGCUCGAGUCGCUCGUGGGAAAGGACUUUCUGCCACGUGGAUCUGACGUGGUCACGCGCCGGCCGCUGGUGCUGCAGCUGGUGCAGGUGCCGAAGCGCGCGGACGGCAAGGCGGAGGAAUGGGGGGAGUUUCUGCACCUGCCGGGGAAGAGAUUCACGGAUUUUUCCGCGAUUCGAGACGAGAUUCAGCUGGAGACGGAGAGGGAGGUGGGGAUAAACAAGGGCAUAACGGAGAAGCAGAUUCGGCUCAAGAUCUUCUCCCCCCACGUGCUCACAAUCACCCUCGUGGACCUGCCCGGCAUCACCAAGGUGCCCGUCGGCGACCAGCCCUCCGACAUCGAGGCGCGCGUGCGAUCCAUGAUCCUGGCUUACAUCAAGCACGAGACGUGCAUCAUUCUGGCGGUCACGCCCGCGAAUGCCGAUUUGGCUAACUCGGAUGCGCUGCAAGUGGCGCGCAUGGCUGAUCCUGAUGGGCAUCGAACAAUUGGAGUCAUCACCAAGCUUGACAUCAUGGAUCGGGGCACAGAUGCAUGCAACCUGCUGCUGGGGAAUGUGAUUCCGCUGCGCCUGGGCUAUGUGGGCGUCAUCAACCGCAGCCAGGAGGACAUCAACGCAAAGAAGAGUGUCAAAGAUGCUCUCACCUACGAAGAGGCCUUUUUCCGAAGCAGACCGGUUUACCAUGGCUUGGCGGAUCGGUGUGGGAUUCCGCAGCUUGCUAAGAAGCUCAACUCGAUUCUAGUGCAGCACAUUCGCCUGCUGCUGCCAGAUCUCAAGGCGCGGAUCAACGCUCAGAUGGUGGCGGUGCACAAGGAGCUUGUGGGGUACGGGGAGGCGGCAGAGCGGGCCACCAUGGGAGUUCUUUUGCUGAACAUUCUCACCAAGUACUCUCAAUCCUUCGUGACGAUAGUGGAUGGCAAGAACCAGGGCAUGUCCACAGCAGAGCUGGCGGGAGGAGCUCGAAUCCACUACAUCUUCCAAAGCAUCUUUGUCAAAUGCAUCGACGAGGUGGACCCCUGUGAGGACCUUUCAGACGAGGACAUUCGCACAGCCAUUCAGAACGCCACGGGAACGAAGAAUGCGCUUUUCGUACCGGACGUGCCCUUUGAGGUGCUGGUAAGGCGGCAGAUAUCGCGUCUGCUUGACCCCUCGCUUCAAUGCGCGCGCUUCGUCUACGACGAGCUAGUCAAGAUCGCUCAUCGCUGUGAGUCGUACCAGCUGGCCCGCUUCCCUGUAUUGAGGCGCAAGGUGGAGGAGACGGUGGGGAGCUUUCUCAGGGAGGGGCUCACUCCUGCUGAGACCAUGAUUCGGCACCUCAUUGACAUGGAGAUGGAUUACAUCAAUACGUCGCAUCCAAGCUUCAUUGGGGGCAGCAGAGCCGUUGAGAUUAUCCUGCAGCAAUUGAGGGAAGGGAAGGGCAGUGAGGGAGGAGGGCAAGGAGCAGCAGGGGUUGGCGCUGCUGGUGGUGCACUCACAGCAGCGGCAGCAGGAGGGGGGUCCCCGUCAACUGCUGCAGUGGCGUCGGUGGCAGCAGCAGCGAAGCAGAGGGUGAUGCUGAUGAGGAAGGAGGGAGCGGGGCAGGGUCAGGGAGGGCAAGAGCAGCAGCAGCAACAGGGGGGCAAGCAGGCAGCCACUGCAAAUGGCACAGUUGCAGACAAGCAAGGGUCCUCGUGGGGUAUCUCGUCCAUCUUCGGCGGGCAGGAGAGGAACCGAGGAGGAAACGUCUCGUCUGCCACAGCGCUCACGCCCUUCCCACUCGCUUCGCCUGAACCCAUGUCUGCCCCUGGUGGUUCUGCGCCCAACGAGCCUGCAUCCACUAUCCUUCUCAGAGAGCCGCCCUCUAUUCUGCGAGCGAGCGAACAGCGGUCAGCAGAGGAGGGCGUGGAGAUCGGGGUAACCCGCCUGCUUCUAAAGUCAUACUACGACAUUGUGAGGAAGAACAUUCAAGAUGCCGUGCCCAAGGCCAUCAUGCACUUCCUGGUUAACCAUGUGAAGAGGGAGCUACACAGCGUGUUCAUCCAACAACUGUACAGGGAGGCACUAUUCGAGGAGAUGCUGCAGGAGAGGGAGGACAUUGCAUCGAAGAGGCAGCGGUGCAAAGACAUCUAUGCAGUGCUGCAGCAGGCCGCAUGGACACUGGACGAGCUUCCCUUGGACCCAGACGCCCCCUCUCGCCCCGCCUCCUCUGCUCUCGAUGCCACAGGCCUCCCCCCAUCCUCCGGCCUCCUCCCACCUUCUCCUGGCUACCCCUCCCCCGCCCCCUCGUUGCCCUACCGCCCUGCACUCGCCUCUGCUGCUGCUGCUGCUGGUGGUGGUACUUCGUAUGGCUACGGGCAUGGACGGGGAUCGAGCAGCAGAGAAGGGGGGAUGGGGCGCAUCCCUUAUGGCACGCCAAGCAGUCAGGUGUGCUUUCCCUUUACCCCCAAAAAUAUAAAAUGA